CAGUGCGUGUUCUAUAUAAAGACCAUGCGCGCUGCUGUGGAACGAUUGAGAGGUUUAUCGGAACAUUUGUUUACUUCUUCGUCCAGGCUUAGAACAUCUCAACCACUCUUACAGCAGUCAUUAUCGAAACCAGUUUUCUCUACGAGGGUAUUUUCGACGAGUUCUGGAGGUGUUGCAAAGAUGGCGCCGAUGGAGGUUAAGACAUAUGAUUAUAUUGUUGUUGGAGGGGGAAGUGGUGGGAGUGGGACGGCGAGGAGGGCGGCGGGGUGGUAUGGUGCUAAGACGUUGUUGAUUGAGAAUGGGUUGAGUGGGGGGUGUUGUGUUAAUGUUGGGUGAGUUUGAAAUGGGAUUAUUCUUUUGUUUGGCUGUGAGUGUUGUUCUUGGGUGGUUUUUAAUGAUGUGUGUGGUUCGGUUGGGAGGAUGUGAGCAGGUAGGGAGGGAGGGAGAGGAUGGAAGAAGUCAAGUGACUUGUUCUCAAUUGGUGUGUUUGGUUGAGAGUUUGUGAUUGAAAAGUGGUAUUGAGUUCUUCCAUUUUGACGCCUAAGCCCAUGUGCAUACUCUUCUUGUUUAUUCUGCUAUGAGAUCUUCGAUCUGCCUACUAAAGCCAUAUUCUUCCUCUGUCUUACUACUUUCAAGAAUUCGUUCCCAAGCUGUAAUUUCCGCAUCGCCAGUUUUUUUCAUGUCUCAGUACCUCUAUUUCACAUAUCAGUACCUCUUGAUCAACUCAACUCCCCACUAAUAACUCUCUCAAGUUGCGUCCCCAAAAAGAUAACCUGGAACUUCGCCUCCAUGGCCGAAGCCCUCCACGACAGCCGCGACUACGGCUUCGACACACCCGCCAACAUCACCUUCGACUUCGCCGCCUUCAAGAAAAAGCGAGAUGCGCAUAUUGGAGGCUUGAACCGCGCUUAUGAGAGGAAUUGGGAUAGAGAGGGGAUUGAGCUUGUUAGGGGCACGGCGAAGUUUGUGGAGCAGAAGGUGUUGGAGGUGGAGCUUGAGGAUGGGAGCGGACCUGCUCGCUACACAGCUAAACACAUCUGUAUUGCAAGUGGUGGAUAUCCGCUCAUACCCAGAGAUAUCCCCGGUGCGGAUUUCGGUAUCACGAAUGAGGGGUUCUUUGAUAUUGAGGUGCUGCCUAGUAAGAUUGCUGUUGUGGGGGCGGGGUAUAUCGCUGUUGAGAUUGCGGGGAUGUUGAAUGCUGUGGGGGUGGAGGUGCAUUUGUUUAUUCGGGGGGAUACGUUUUUGAGGACGUUUGAUCCGAUGGUGCAGGAGACUAUGACGGCGAGGUAUGAAGCUGUGGGUGUGAAGAUUCAUAGGGGCUAUAAGGGGUUUAAGAAGGUCGAGAGAGUCAGUGACGGCAAAGGAGACGAAAGAGUAUUGAAGCUUACUCUCCCGGGAGGCGAAGAGCUGGUUGUCAAUGAGCUUUUGUGGGCAAUUGGUCGGGCUCCCGAGACCAAGAGUCUGGAUCUUGAUGUGGCUGGUGUGAAGACUGGGGAGAAAGGGCACAUUGUAGCCGAUCAGUAUCAGAACACCAACGUUGAGGGAAUCUAUGCCCUUGGUGAUGUGACAGGACAGAUGGAGUUGACUCCAGUUGCCAUCGCAGCCGGUCGACACCUCUCCAACCGCCUCUUCGGCCCUCCAUCCCUCUCCAACUCCUACCUCCCCUACGAAAACAUCCCCACCGUCGUCUUCGCCCACCCCGAAAUCGGUACCAUCGGACUCACCGAGCCACAAGCAAUCGCCAAAUACGGCGCCUCCAACAUCAAAACCUACCAUGCGAAAUUCUCCGCUCUUUUCUAUGAGAUGUCCUCUCCUGAAGAGAAGAAGAAGAACCCCACGGAGUUUAAACUCGUGUGUGAGGGAGAGUAAGAGAGGAUUGUGGGGUUGCAUUUGUUGGGUCUGGGGGUGGGGGAGAUGUUGCAGGGGUUUG